AUGUAUUCACCCGCUCUUGGACUCGCAUUUUUUGUUUUUCUGUCAGUCGCCUUUGCUGGCAAAACCCCCGAUUACUAUGAGAUUUUGGGAGUCGCGCGCGGUUGUAGUACGCAGGAUGUGAAGGCGGCCUACAGAAAGCUGGCCAGAAUUUACCAUCCCGACAAAAACGAGUCGCCAGAUGCUAGUGAGAAAUUUCGAGAGAUUGCAGAAGGUAAGCCUUUAUGAAUAGAACCUGUGUUGCGCUUAAUCUUUAAUAUUACAAGGCUUUUAUAAUUCAAAUGGUUGCCUCUAACAUGGGUCUCCAAAGCGGUAGAGCACUUCCUAUUUUUUAGGGCUAUUUCUUGAUUCAGAGGGAAUACUAUGAUGGCUGGAUAUUUGCACUAAAGCUAUAAUUUUGCACUCAAACUCGUGACAGGAGAUCCUUUUAGUACUUCACUGUGUUGAUGUCCGGUAUUUCAGACUAACUCCCUGUACGAUUUGUCAGCAGAUUUCUUGCCCUGGGAGGGAAUGCUCCUACUCAAACCGAACGGUCAUCUGGCUAACUGGUAUUUAGUUCGUACAAGGCGGCUAGAUUCAUCACUUUCUUGAGGGGGGGGACGUUGUAGUAAACUGCACGUGGGUUUGUUUCUAGUAAGGCAGUCGUGCGGAACAUUUACCUCAUCCUCUGUUACGAUACUCGCCCUAUCCCAAUGGAAAUGCAAACUCAAUAAGACUGGAGAUGGUCGCAGACGCAGUGCCAGCGCACAGCCAGAAUUGACCUAGCACCGUAGGCUUGAAUUGCAUACCAUUUAUAUUAGCUAUCCUUAUAACCAUUUUGCCGAUCCCCAAGUCCACGGAGUUGCCUACGAGGGCGUCUGACAGUUUCGUUUUCUACCAGAUCAACUUCCGGGAAUAUAUAGCGCAUGGCUGAGGAAAGGUUCGAAGGGUCAUCUCGUGAAGCUAGCUGUUAAUACGCGGCGUUUCCUUGACUGGGAGACAUUGCUAAGAGCAUUUACUGGGUACAAUGCCACCCUGGAGCGAAGAGCGAAGGUCUGGCACGUCUAAUGCCUUGCAGGGCACUACAAAGCCCGUACGCGGCACUGUGGCAUGGCUGCAGCGAACCGCCAUUAAAUAAACUUAUUUGCCGCUGCUGCCUUGUGGUUAGGUCCUUUAGUCAAAAUGCUAGAGGAGUCAACCUAGAACAGAUAAUCCGAUCGGCUGUUGGAGACCUGCCUGCACUCAAAAUCCCCAAGAAAUCUUGUAAAAAUGUCGGACUACAGUGAUGCGAUCCAUACUACGGCGUCCACAGGGAUCCACGCGCACCGCAACCCUGGUCCAGUUGUGCGGGUGAAUAUUUUGCGAGCUGUACUACUAAUCGGGGAACGGACAUUUGGCACUGGUUGUUGGAAUGUUCGGACGUUUCUGAGCCGUGGUACCCAAAGUCUGAUGGCGCGCAGCCCUCAUCAUUACAACGUGGAUGUUUGCUGCCUGUCUGAAGUCCGAAUCCCCGGCUCUGGCCCCUAGGAAAUGAAGAUCCCGGUAGUCAACUCCCACUUCACCCUGUGCCACAGCGACUCGCGCGACAUUUUGGAUGCUGAAUUUUGUUCAUGGAAGAUGAGCGUAGACUGGAGGUAUUUGAUCACCGCUUUUUGAGGGUCAUCCUUCGAGUGCAAUACACCGACUUCGUCUCAUAUGAAACGGUCCUCACUAGCCGCGACAAGAUCAUGAGGAUAUCUAAGGCCAUCCAAUAAGGACUACGGAGGUGGAAUGGGCACGUUCUCGGUCGUCCAUCUCACGAGCUUUCUUUUACUGAUGUUUGGUACGGCUGCGAGCAUAUCUGACUUAUCCGGUCCCAGUGACGUCACAGACUGUACUUCACCACCUUUGACAAAACGCGACAGCAGGUCUAGACAUCUCAACCCAUUCGCUUCGUCAAUGACGGUGACCAGAUACCAAAGGUCCGACAACCACUUCCACGUCGUGACAGACUGUGUUGAGAUAGGUUUUGAGUUGGUCCCACUCUUCGACGUCUCCAAGUGGGUAACAGUGCCGGUUCGAGGGCAGCAACACUUAUCUGGUGAGGUGGACGACGAAGGACGUCUUUAAACCACCGCAGUCGUCUUUCCUGAGUGCCUUUGCGAUGUCGUCGCAACGAGUGCGGACUGUUUCACUUGAGAUGACGUCGGUGUACUCGGAGGAUGGUCCUCAAGUAGUGGUGGUCAAAUACCCCCAGUGUUCAGUCAUCUUCCACGCACAACCCAGAAUUCACAGCCGUGCAGAAUUGCUGAUCGGGCUGAUGCACGGUACACGCGAAUCUUCGUGGCGAUGGAAAUGUCGCGUCGAGUUAACUAACACUUGAAGGCUCGAGAAAACCCGGCGGGUAUAAUCGAUUCGGCAGGCAAUGUCGUCCUUGAUUUGUCCAUUCGGCAUCUUCAAGUUGGUAGUCACCAAUCUCGGUUGUUUCUUCAAGUUCAUUGGUUAAAAAAACCCAGUUACACGACAACGUUAGAAAGCAAACCUAUUUAAUGACGAUGCACGGCCGCCAUGUCGCAGUGCCGUCAUCGAACUUUGCGACAUCUUAUAAGGCUGUCGACGUGCCAGACCCUAGCUCAGUUAUACCGCACUCCGUCUCCGUCGCCCACCUGGAGUCAUCGAAGGUGGUCAACUCAAUACCUGGAUCCAGACGGUUCGUCAAGACAUGGAAGUGAUUCUUUGACCUUCGGUAUUCAGUCUCCGCCGUUGGAGAAGAGCAUGGAUCGAGCUGUCCGGACUCUCUGCCGCAAAUCAUAACGCACGGAGAGGCACAAUGCGUGGCAUCAUGAGACUGGUUAGAUAAGGUAUGAUUACACUCGGACGAAGUAUAACUAGUCUACGUACUAUUGGAGGUGCGCUCUACUAAUGCCUCUAUCAUCUCUGUUUAUGCGUCGACGUCAGCUGACGGCCAGCGCGGCGAAACUUGCAACUGCUACAACUGAUUGAGAAACACCCUCACGGUGCUUUACUGAUUGAUUCGGGGAAUCGGACUGGCCGGCAGCUGAACCUGGCGACUCUUCAAACAGUCACCCUUUUGACUUUCUUGGUUGUGGCUGUAGGAACAAAAGUGGUGGAAGAAUGUUGAGAUCCGUUGAUUAGAACCGGCGUCGGUCGUACAACCAGCCAGAUUGAGUGCAUCAUAGUUAGCUCAAAGUUCGGUAAACUGGGUUUAUGAUAACAGUUCGACACGUGCUGUCAAAAGUAACAACGCCUGUUGCUCGUGCGCGCCUGGAAGUUCACCUCAUUUGCGCCCAUAAAAGAUGUCACAUGCAAGACGACUUGAUGUCGCGUAAUUACUGUGACUUGAUACAACCGAGGCUCUGAGCACAGCAGACCGGCAUCGCUUUGUGUCGCGAGUCGAAAAAGAAGGCAGUUGUAUUGGUAAUCAGUAAGGUCCUAUUUUAGCCAGACGGCUCAGACAUCUCAGAUCCAGGGAGGUGCAUCACGGUUGAUGGACUACCUUGAAGGAGCGUGCAGUUGUCUGUCCAGACAAUUCAAAUCAAGCCCAACAGCAAUGAUUCCUAUAGUCAACUCUGAAGAAUAGCGGCAAAGUCGACUAGGAAUGACCGCAAAACUAUUGCACCAGAGUACCGACCCUCAUGGGACAGACCUGAAAAGUCAGUGACUCCCGAAAACUACCAAAAUUAUUCGUCAGGUUUGUGGUAGAUCCCUUGCACUGAGUGACUGUCCGCGAUAUUAAUGGUGGCCGCACGGCCAACAAGUCAGCCGGAGCCGAGUGCUUGUGCGGGCGCGUUCAGCGCAUCAACUUCCCACCACGCUCUCGUCCUCCUCUGCAGCACAACUUAUUCCCUCUCUAGUCUGUGGCCUGCUGUGUGACGCCACAUCUAAUGAAAAAAUGGGAUGUUUAGGCUGCGCAACAAGACUCCGAAUGGAACCGUAUUUCCAGUUAAAUCAACAAGUCUUGUAUCGACACUGUCGCCCUGACUCCAUCAGGUAACUAGAGAGGCGUAACAAUAUGAAGUUGUUUCUGAUCCCUUCGGCUCCAGCAUUCUUUUUGCCUGUAUUCAAGAAGUGAGGUAAAAUGAAGUAGAAGAACUGGGGUACGAGUCUGAUUUACGUUGCUGCAAACAUCUUUGCUAUUGCCAUUCCCACCCGCUUUCAGUGUAUGCAAAUUUAAGACGAGGCCCAAGUAAACUGGGCUCCUAGCCGAACAUGGAUGCACCGACCAUGUAUUCACGCCACGUCCCACUCUACCAGCCACGGCAAAUUGCAGUUAAUUUGCAGCCGCUGAAUUUACGUCUGUCGUGCGCACACACACUUCCAACUUACGAUUCAAUUUUUCAAAUUUAGAUAUGCAGGUGGGCGAUUUCAGAAAACGAAACAUUACAGCCAACCGAAAUAAUUACUUACAUAGCCUUCCCUGUAGGAAAUGUUUCUGAUCUACGAUGCAGGCCCACAUUUUGAAUACUGAUUGCAAAAAUGGACAACAUCAUGCUACGGAUGUACUAGCUAUCAGAGAUUGCCGCUGCCAUGGAGUCCAGAUCCCGCAUGAUUCUUUGACCGCCGUCGUCAUAGUUAUUUAUUGGUGCGGUUAGAAACAGUUGCACUAUUGAUGGGACUCGUUUUGAGCACCCAAGCAAUUUCUUUGAAGAUUUUGAAGUCUACUCGGUAGCCUCUUGCGGUCAGGUUUUUCCUAUGUGCCCUAGCGCAUAUGUUUGACUACCUUUGUAAAUCAGACCAUUUUCAAUUUGUUGCCUUUUCUGACGACAAAGGCGGUACAUUUGGGUGUUUGCUUUAGUGUAUGCACAAUUGCGGCACUUUCGGUCGGCUGUUUGAGCCGCUACAUCAUACAUAUUUGAUUGCCUCUUGUCAAGAAACCAGGACUAAUUAACUUUUGCCCGAGUAUUCGCCUCCUAGUUGGCAGUGUACAUGAGUUGUGCAUUUUUUCCUUCCCUGUAGCCUACGAAGUCCUGUCAGAUGAGGAGCGGAGGAGGGUUUAUGAUUCCAUGAGUCACGAACAAUACGUAGCCAAUCCUGGAGCCCAUGCACAAUCCGAAUGGACGGGGGGUUUCCCCAGCUCGUUUCCGUUCGGGCCUCAUUCCCCCUUUUCGGACCCAUUCGAUUUUGCGGACACCUUUCCGCCGUUUGAAUCCUCUGCCUCGUUUUUCGAUGACUCCUUCGACCCUUUCAACUUUGCUGAGAGUAUGCAUUUUGGGAGGAGUUUUGCCUCAGAGACAGCUCACAGGAGUGAUGGUGAGUCAUCCUCUGCUGUUCGUUAAACGUGACUCUUGUUUAGCCCAUAAACUUAGUCGUGUGCAUUGGAUACUGCGCAGUUACCAUGCCUGUCAAUAUUGCUCUUUCACUGUGUUGAUUGCCUCUGCAAUCUCUGCUCCGCAUCUGGACGGGGUCCAGUUCGCUCGUCCGUACCGGACGAUCACUACAUCACGUCAAUCAAGGUAGCCGCAUGGUAGACGAAAGAACCCAAGUUCACCGAACAUGAAGUUAGAACACAUGACGGUCAGCGACUGCCCUCCUUGUUUGUUUGAAGGCUGUACUGGGGGCUGUGGAUGCCAGGGUCAACCAAAAUUCUCUCGCUCGAGUUUUGGAUACCAAAUGUCCAUUCGCGAGUGAAUGUUGCAGCCUACUGGCUGUUCGUAUGUGUCAUUAGACAAGGGUAGCGCGACACGUCGAACGCCGUUUCAUGACCGCAGUGUUGUGUUUUGACACGCUUCCACACUGUGUCCUGAUAAUUUAGUGUUACAGACGCGUCCCCAGCAGUCGUCCAGUUUGCUUGACCGAAGAUUUUUUACUCAAAUGUUCGUCUCAUUGGCGGUCGGUGUUCUCAAUCAUUCAAUUGGACAAGGUAGUCGGGGUGCCAGACCUCAACCCUCCCCACCCUGAUGGUUUUGUGGCUACAGGUCUACAGCUGCCCAUUCGUUAGACGUCAAAGUCUGCCUGUUUCGCGGGUAUUAUUCGCCGAAGGUCGCCCCAUUGCCGGCUACCUGAAGAAGAGUUUAUUAGCGGCAGGUAGAUUAACAGGCGGACCGCCGUUUUAUAUUCCGCAAGGUAACGUACACCGUCGUAUCUGUGCAACCCGCCUAUCUAAGCAAAUUUCGCACUUUGCGUGGCAAAGUGCGUUCUUAAAGUCGUCGAAUCCGGUUUACGGGUCGAUAUACCACUCAGGGACAGAACGUAUCGCCCACAGGGAAGGCGAAUGCCGUUGGCUCAGCGGGGUGGGGAACAAAGACGUCAGGCAUUGCUGUAAUGGGUGUCGGCAACGUAGCUGCGGGUACAGCAACCACAUUGUUGAAACGGAAAGACUUCUUUGUGCACGAAUGAUUGAAAGUGGUAAUGAGGAAUGACGAAAACUCCCAAGUCACGACCCGCUAGACAAGACCAGACCACACUUUCAAGUCCGAUGAGGCCAAAAUCCUCGCGAGAGGUGAAAGUUGCGUGAGUCAAGGUCCGUUUGAUUCAUGGGUCCUUGUCCCACAGUUACUCCACAAGCGCGGUUAGUUUCCUCUCGAGUAAAUGCUAUAAGCCAGCCUGAACAGAGUAAUCAGUCACACUGAUGAGCACUGCUUCCGGUGGCGGUACUGUUGAGUCAAAUUGCCUGGCCAUUAUCAUGCAAAUGACCUACAGCGGGUAUGAAAUGGCCACCCAGACGCGGGCGAUCAGGCCAUAAUCACAUCAGGUACGAACAUCCGCGUUGAAUACCUAGUCGCUAAUUUAGUAAGAUGGCGUAAAGCUGCAGCCUAUAAAUAUUACACAUCCUGUACACCCGCCACUUCUGCCUUCUGCUUUCCCCAUGAUACUUUCAAAAAUGGUUAAGAUGGUUGCAAUGCUGGCUGUGGGAGAAGCUGUUAUUGAAAAAUUUCCGAAUUGUUUCUGCCUUCAUCAUGUUUAGCUUCCUGAAGUGCAGCCUCCACCAGCUACUAUCCUGGCCUAAUUACGGCUUGACAUCUCUCCUUUAGGCGGAAUAAAGUGUACGGAGACUGUAACAAGAGUCGGUGGAAUGACAAUUACAAAACGAGUAUGCAGUUAG